GAAAUAGCACACGUUAAAAACUCUUAAUUUAAUUUGGAUUUAUUAGAGUACUAUUCAAAAAAAUUAAUAAAACACUGAUAUUAAUCUAACUAGCUAGCAUAUAGAACCACUAUGAUCAAACCUCAACCAUUCAAUCAUUGUAUGUGUUUAUUUUUAUUUUUUGGAAGACUUGUUGUGUUGUAGUAUAAAUAAGUGUCUUUGGGUCUUUAGCUCAAACCACCAAAAAGCCAAAUACUUUACAUAAGCCAUUUUACCUUGAGAAGAGAAUCCCCAAAAUUUGAAGAAAAUAUAGUCAUAUUGAAGAAAAUGAGUGUAGAGGAUAAGAAAACCAACCCUUCUAGUUUCUCUUCUUCAACAAUAGAAAAAGAACAAAACUUUGAAAAACAUGGCAACAAGAAGCCCGGAGGAUGGAAGGCCAUGCCUUUUAUUAUAGGAAAUGAAACUUUUGAGAGGUUAGCAGCAUUUGGAUUGUUUGCUAAUUUUAUGGUUUAUCUGACAAGAGAAUUUCAUUUGGACCAAGUUCAUGCUUCAAACAUUCUAAACAUAUGGAGUGGUCUUACAAAUUUUGCCCCUUUACUUGGUGCCUUUGUUUCUGAUACCUAUGCCGGUCGCUUCCGGACCAUAGCUUUUGCUUCAUUUUUUUCGCUAGCGGGCAUGAUAACAGUGACAUUAACAUCAAUGUUACCACAACUACACCCUCCACCAUGCACACCUCAACAAAAAGCAUUAAAUCAAUGUGUCACAGCAAGUUCAUCUAAUGUUGCAUUUCUAUUCAUGGGACUUAUUUUACUAAGCAUAGGUUCUUCAGGCAUAAGACCAUGUAGUAUACCAUUUGGUGUUGACCAAUUUGACCCUACAACAGAUGAAGGAAAAAAAGGAAUAAAUAGUUUUUUCAAUUGGUACUAUACUUCAUUCACUGUGGUAUUAUUAAUCACUCAAACAGUGAUUGUUUAUAUACAAGAUCAAAUCAGUUGGAAACUUGGUUUUGGAAUACCAACUUUGUGUAUGUUUUGUUCCAUAAUCUUGUUCUUUGUUGGAACAAAGAUUUAUGUUCAUGUGAAGCCAGAAGGAAGCAUUUUUUCUAGUAUUGUACAAGUUUUAGUGGCUGCUUUUAAAAAGAGAAAAGUUAAGCUUCCAAAUGAGAAAGAAGUUGAUGGGAACUUUUAUGAUCCUCCAUUAAUUGGGAGUGCUAUUUUGUCAAAGUUACCUUCAACUAAUCAAUUCAGGGCCUUGGACAAAGCCGCACUGAUAAUGGAGGGUGAUUUAAACUCGGAUGGAACCGUGGUAAAUAAUUGGAAACUCGUGAGCAUCCAACAAGUAGAAGAGGUUAAGUGCUUAGCAAGAACCGUUCCUAUUUGGGCUGCUGGUAUUCUCGGAUUCACUGCCAUGGCCCAACAAGGAACAUUUAUUGUAUCACAAGCCUUAAAAAUGGACCGACACCUUGGACCAAAAUUCCAAAUUCCAGCCGGUUCACUCGGAGUUGUAUCAUUUAUCGUCAUAGGCUUGUGGGUUCCAUUCUAUGACCGGAUUUGCGUGCCGACACUAAGGAAAAUCACAAAACAUGAAGGGGGCAUCACUCUCCUCCAAAGAAUUGGAAUUGGAAUGGUGUUUUCUAUUCUAUCAAUGAUUGUAGCUGGUUUGGUUGAAAAAGUUAGAAGAGAUGUUGCAAAUUCUAAUCCAAAUCCACUAGGAAUUGCUCCAAUGUCAGUAAUGUGGCUAUUCCCACAAUUGAUUUUGAUUGGUUUUUGUGAAGCAUUCAACAUAAUUGGACUAAUUGAGUUCUUCAAUAGACAAUUUCCGGAUCAUAUGAGAAGUGUUGCUAAUGCUUUCUUCUCUUGCUCUUUUGCUUUGGCUAAUUAUGUUAGUAGCAUAUUGGUCACAACAGUUCAUAAUGUCACUGGAACACAUAGCCAUCCAGAUUGGUUAACAAAUGAUAUCAAUGCUGGAAGGCUUGAUUACUUUUACUAUCUUUUGGCUGGAAUUGGAGUUCUCAACUUGGCUUAUUUUUUGUAUGUUUCUCAAAGAUAUCAUUAUAAGGGAAGUGUUGAUAUCCAAGAGAAACCUCAAGAUGUGGAGUUAGGAUCAAAAGUAGAAUUAGAUUACUAUACUAGGAAAAAUGAUGAAUCUAAAUAAAUUAUGUACAAAAUAGAAAAUAGUUAUCCCUGCCUUUAGUUCUAAGUUGAGAUAUGUAAUAUUACCUUAGUUCUUAAAUAAAAAGUAGGCUUAACUAUA